AUGGGAAAGGGACGGGAGGGUCGCUGGGACCUCGUGAGAAGGCACCGCGUCCUGCUCACCGUCCUGUCCAUUCCCGUGGUCCUGGUCCUGCUGGUCCUGGGCAUCAUGCCCCGCGCCUCCCCCCUGGACCCCCGGUAUGGGGCGUCCAAGGCGGCGGACGCCUCGACGCAGCAAGCCAAGUUCUCGGUGGUCAUCGAUGCCGGGUCCACGGGUAGCCGCGUGCACAUCUUCAAGUUCCUGACCUCCGCCGCGGGGGCGCAGGACCUGCAGUUUGACAAGUUCGAGCAGCUGAAGCCGGGACUUAGCUCCUACGCCGCGGACCCCAAGGCUGCGGCAGCCUCGCUCAAGCCUCUCCUGGCCCUGGCCCUGGAGACCAUCCCAGAGGCGCUGCACGCCCAAACCCACGUCAGCGUGGGGGCCACCGCGGGGCUCAGGAUGCUGCCGGGGACCAAGGCCGACGAGAUCCUGGCCGAGGUGCGGGCCCUGCUCAAGACCUACCCCUUCCAGUCAGCGGCGUCGGACGUGUCCAUCCUGACCGGGGUCAAUGAGGGCGCCUUUGCCUGGCUGACCCUCAACUACCUGCUGGGCCGGCUGGGGGAGCACGAGGACCGCACCGUGGCGGCCAUUGACCUGGGCGGAGGGAGCGUGCAGGAGGCCUUUGCCAUGACGGCGGAGGAGGCGGCGGGCGCGCCGCACGCCAACUACACCACCACGCUCAGCGGCGGCGGGCGGCGGUACAGCGUGUACGUCUACAGCUACCUGGGCUACGGCCUGAUGGCGGGGCGGGCGGGGCUGCAGUGCAGCUUCAAUGGGGCCUGGGGCGGGGGCCGCGUGCCCUCCGUCUUCUACAUAUCCUCCUACUUCUGGGACAGGGCCGUGGAUGCAGGCCUGGUCCCCGAAACCGCCGCAAUCGAGGCCAGGGUCAAGCCGGCCGAGUUCAAGAAGCUGGCGGACAAGGCCUGCUCCGCCAAGCUGGCAGACCUGGGCACCCUCUUCCCCAACGUGCAAGAGGCGGCCCGCCCUUUCUUCUGCAUGGACCUGUGCUACGUGCACACCUUGCUGCUGGAGGGCUUCCGCGUGCCGGAGGAGACGGAGGUGACCAUCGUAAAGAAGGUCCAGUACAAGAAGGAGCAGGUGGAGGCGGCGUGGCCGCUGGGCGCGGCCAUCAACAGCCUGGGCUGA